AUGAAGACACGUCUGGCCCGGGAAAACACUCUGCACUCCCUGCUGCUGCUGCUGGUGAUGGCGCAGAACUGGGCAGUGGACGCCUCGCGAGAUCAGCGUUGCGUCGAGGAUGCCAUAGUGCUCGGGGAAAGGGAGGCCCGCAUCACGGCCUACGGAAGAAGGGUUCAUGAUCAUUAUUUUUCCCUGACCGUGUACCUGUGGCUCGAGGAAGGCUUCAGCGGCGUGAGUGUGCAGGCUCUCGCGAACACCGCCACAGGACCGGUGAGCAUUGGCGCGUGGUUCCCCGAGGACAUGUUCCCCAACGUCACCAGAGCCGCCUGGUGGUACUUGGUGGUGUCUGUGUAUCACAACAGAGACCAUGUGGAGUUCGAUGUACAGUUUGGUGAUAGUUGGAUGAUAUGUCACUCUUGGGUCACCACUGACAACCUACAGAGUGUGGAAAUGGUGGGUUACGGCACCUCUAGAGGGAGAGACGACAAACCACCACGUGGCUGCCUCGAUACACAAUUCAACCGAUCAUUGCCCGAUCCAAUACCCACUUGCACGGCGCUCCCAAUCACCACACCAGCCACUACACCCACGUCCACUACACCCCCGCCCACUACACCCCCGCCCACGCCACUACCCACUACACCCCAAACCACCCCAGAAGCCACUACAUGCCCGCCCAUUCCAGUGGAGGUGGCAGAGAUGAUGGCAGUUUUGACUGUGUUGAUUGGGGACAUGUACCACACACUACAGCGUCUCGAAGCGGGUCUGAAAGCGGCCCGGGGUCCUGUCUGGCCCGAAACACACCACGCCCGGCCGCAUCCUCAGCCAGUCCGCCACAGCCCGGCCUCCACGAGAAAUUAGGAGCAAUCACAGCGCCCCAGGCCAGUCCACGCACUGCCCGCUCACUGCUUACCCUAUAUACACAGUUGUACUUGUCUCUUAUGGUUCAGCAUAAGGAGAAAUUAGGAGCAAUCACAGCGCUGAGCCAUGCUUCCCGCUGUUGACGUCACUGCUUAGACUAUAUACACAGUUGUAUCCAUAGCUGGGCGUUAUCGCGAUAAGUUAUCGCGAUUCUUUAUCGCUGAUAACAAAAUCGGGUUAUCGGCCAUCCGCUACUUAUUUAAAUAUAUAUCGGUAUCUUCGUUACUUUUGUAACCAAACCAGCGAUAAUCGCUACUUUUUUCCGCCUCUCAGAAAAAAAAAGUUGUUUCCUCCCUACUACUGUACAUACGUGGCCCGGGCGCCCGGUGUUGUAUGAAAAAACUUCGGGGUAUGAAAUAUCUUCGAUGAAGAGAUUUCGUACUAAUAUCAUCAACAUUAAAACACUAGGUUAUUUUUUAUGUUACUCAAAAAUCAAUAUAUCAAAGAGAAAAAUCAUUUAACUUUGCCCAAAAGAUGAUUAUUCACUGCCUCAAAUUUGAUAUUCCAUAUUCGUUUGUGAGCAUGCCAUGGUAUUGAAGGCACCCGGUGUUGUGUUAUUGGGUGUCCCAUCGUCAAAAGUUGGCGCUGUUUACAAACACUGGUCUCUCGUGAACUGCGUAUGU